AAAACACAUUAAAAUGAUAAUUUUCACACAUAAUUAUUACCUAUAACAUUUGUCAAAUAUAAACGCAAAUUUCUUAAAUGCAAUAAUUUUUAAAUCAAAAUUAACAUUUGAGCAGUUGGGUAUACGAUAGUCAACUUACUAUCAAUACGUUUUUGAAAGUGCGUUUCAAUAUUUUUUUAAUUAUGUGUUAUUUUUUAUUAUUUUUUGUGAGACUUUAUGUUUGUUAAGUUUUUAAUUGAUCUAUCAAUUUAAAUUAUCUUAAGCAGGGUUUUUUCAGUUCAACCUCUUCUCUAGUGCCUUAUAAGUUUGGUGUACAUUGACAAAUCAUAUGAAACUCAACACCAGGCUCAUAUAACAAAUAAAAUUACCACUAUUUACAACACAAACAAAGUUGUCAUCUAUAAAUACGCACGAAAAUUAACUUCAUCUUUACUUUCACUGAAGUCUUUCACCGAAUUGCUACACCAGAAUGUGGCUUCAAAUCAUUACUUUUAGCGCUCUUGCUAUAUACGCGACAUCAAUUGAUCCUGAGACGUUCCUCACAAAGUAUGGAUACUACAAUCCAUUUGCUUUCGACGGAAAGAGUGGUCUUGAGGAUGCUGUGAAAUCAUAUCAAGAAUUUUCCGGGCUGCCACAAACCGGUGUUGUUGAUGCUGAAACAAAGAAAGAGAUGAAAAAACCAAGAUGUGGAAUGUCUGACUUACAAAUCUCUACAAAUGCUUACUUUAAAACUACAACCAAAUGGCACAAAUCCAAACUGACUUAUUACAUCUAUAAAGGAGCAUCUGAUAUGGCUAUGUUCAAUAUUCGAAAGUUCUUGAGAUGGUCAUUUGGAGUUUGGGCUGAAGUUACAAAUCUUGAGUUUGAAGAAAUUUACGAAGAUAAAGCUGAUAUGAGAAUUGGAUGGGAGAAAGGUAAUCAUGGUGAUGGAAGCAGUUUUGAUGGCUCCGGUGGUACGCUAGCCCAUGCAUUCUAUCCUCCACAUGGUAUUCUACAUUUCGACGGUGCUGAAACAUGGGGACGCGGAUUAGCAGGUACUGAUUUUUACUCCGUUGCCAUUCACGAAAUUGGGCAUGCUCUUGGGUUGAAGCACUCGAAAGUGAGAGGUUCUAUUAUGUGGCCAACGUACAGUCGUCUGACGAAACUUCACCAAGAUGACAUUGAUGGGAUACAAUCACUUUAUGGAAAAAAAUAGUUUAGAUGACAUGCAAGCAUCUUAAAGCAAGAAAAUAUUUGUUAACUAUUUUCAGCUUUUUUUUUAAAAAAAAUAGAUGAAUGUAUGUGUUAA